AUGGACUUCAUCACUAUGUUGCCAUGGGCUCAAAGGAAGGAUUGUGUAUAUGUUGUGGUGGAUACAUUGACUAAGUUUGCUCACUUAUUCGCCAUCACCAACUCAUUUACAGCAGCACAAGUUGUUGAUGUGUUCUUUCAAGAGGUGUUCAGGUUACAUGGAUUGCCGAAGAACAUUCAAAACCCCUCAUGCGAAGGAUAUGAUGCAGCAAAGUCAGGACAUUUUGAGGUCUCUAAGGGACAAUCUCCAGCAUGCACAGAAUCAGCAAAAGUUGAUGCUGAUCAGCAGUGGAUUGAGCGCACCUUUGAGGUGGGCGACAUGGUUUACUUGAGGCUCCAGCCUUACAGACAAUCUGCUCUCAAGAAGAGUGGGGUUGAGAAAUUGAAGCCACGUUUCUACGGGCCUUUCAAAGUCAUCCGGAGAGUUGGGGAAGUGGUGUAUGAGUUGGAACUUCCAGCGAGCAGCAAGAUUCAUAAUGUAUUUCAUGUAUCUCGCCUUAAGAAGGUUUUGAUUCCUGAAGCUAUCCAUGAUUUCAGGGAGCAUUCUUUGAGAAGAAGGGUGAUCAAGGAGUACUUGAUCAAGUGGAAAAAUCUGCUAGCAGAGGAUGCUACGUGGGAAAAUGAGGAGAUUUUACUACAUUCAACCUUACAAUUGCUUGAGGACAGGCAAUUUUGGGAAGGGCGGACUGUAAUGUCCCCUUCUCAAUGA